AUGUGGCAUCUUGUCGUAUUAUUAUCAUCAUAUCUCACAUCAUUUCACACCAAAGUAAUUGCUGCACAACUGAAAGAUUACAAUGAUAAGAUUGUAUUCCACUUUAUUGAAACUGCUGCAAAACGCAAUGUCAGUCAACGUUGCGGUGAUAGCCUCAUGAAGAUUGGUCCCUAUUUAUUGGACUAUUAUACGAUUCCGGAUCAAAAAGAGUUUUUUACGGCAGCCUAUGCUUCUGGUGAUGCAGAACAAUUUGUUAGUCGUGAUCAGGAUCGUUGGGUAUUUCGGGCAUAUAAAUGUAUUCAAGCAGCUGGAGAAGCACCUUAUUCAAAGUCUGAACAUCCUUUGCAUUACUGCUUUGGUUACAACGAAGAAACUGAAAAAAAUGGUGCGGUUGCAUAUGGGAUUUGCAUACCAUCUACAUGUUAUAAAGAUCGAGUCAAGUUGUUGGAAGAAUGGCGAUCAACAAUAUCCACAGAUACAUUCCCAAUUGACUUUACAUCAUGCACCAAGUCACGACACGAUCAGCAGUGGUAUGAAAAACCGUUUGCUUUAACGGAAUUUGUGGUACAUCAGUGUUGUAUACUUCUUGUAGUACUGGCAACAGUCUAUCAUAUAAGGAAAGGUGAUCAGACUAAGAAUAUAUGGGCUGAAGUUUUAUUGGCAUUUUCAGCGAAGAAAAAUGUGCUGAAAUUGAUAAGGAUGCCAAAAGAUCCGCAAUCAACAAUAACUUGUAUGUUUGGGAUGCGUUUUUUGUCGAUGGUUUGGACUGUUAUUGGGCAUUCAUUUAUUUUUGUACAGGCUUAUUUGGAUAAUGUGGAUGAGUUCAAAGAUGAUAUGGUAAACCAUUUCUAUAAUCAGUGGAUCACAAAUUUUACGCUAAGCGUUGAUACGUUUUUAGUGCUUAGUGCUACACUGACCUCUUUUACAUGGUUUAAAAAAAUAUACAAAGAUUCAUCAGAAACAGUCCCAACUUGGACAUCAUUUGGCUAUUGGUUGCGUUAUUACCGUCAUCGUAUUAUACGCUUAUGGCCAGCGUAUCUUUACGUAUUGAUAGAUGUAGGAAUACGAGCUUCAAUUCAGCAUUUUCAUCCAAUGUGGCCUCCAACUGAUCCCGCAGUUCAGUGUCCAAAACACUGGUGGGAAAAUGUUCUAUUUGUUAAUAGCUUAUUCGAAAAUCGUUGCAUGCCUUGGACGUGGUAUAUCGGUACUGAAUUCAUCUACUAUUUGUUGUCGCCAGUAUUCUUGUUAACACUGCAUAAGUCAUCACGAAUAGGAUUUAUAUUAUCAGUAAUGGUGAUAUUAUCAUCUGGUUUAUUGAAUGUAUUUGGUAUGAUUCGCUGGAAUUUCCCACCAACUCAGCUGCUUUGGAAGCAACCUAAAAUUUUUAGCGCUGAUUUUAUUAAGCAUCAUCUUUUGGUAUACAUAAAGCCACAAUAUCGUAUAGGGCCGUAUAUUAUCGGUUUACUUUUGGGAUAUUACUUAGUAAUGUUUCAAAAAUCUACUCCACCAAAACGUCAAAGAAGUAUGGAAAUGCAAAUGCUUGGUUGGAUAGUUGCGUCUGUUGCUUGUUUUUGGGCUAUUUUUGGUCUUUAUCCAGCUUUACAG